UAAAUGGAUCUUAUUCUAUAAGAUAUGCCUCAAAAGAAGGUUGUUUCUUUCCUAUCUCUAUCCUACGCUUUCAUUUCUGAAGUGGAUUUGGGAUCUGAAUCAUUAAGAUUUUUGGGAGGUUCUAGAUUUGAUAUAUAUGGAAUAUGGAGAGUGAUAUUUUAAAAGAAAUAUUAAGCCAAAUAUAAUAAUCAAUAGAUGACAUUUAGAUAUUUUUUAGCAUAAAAGAUACCUUACAUAAGCGAUAAUUAUUUAUCAUGUACAAUAUCUUGAGGAUGGAGAUUGGUCACAAUUAAUAAAGUUGUCAUUCAAACAAUAUGAUGUUAGUCAUGUUGAAAUUGAUGAAUAAGGAAAUUCGAAAACGAAAGGAAAUUGGAAAUAUGAAAAAGUAAAAGAAUAUACUUUUGAACCAAUCACUGAUUGUCCAUUGAGUAUAGAUGGAGAAAGAUACCCAUCUCAACCAGUGAAAGCCAAAGUAUUAACCAAAAUUUUGAAAGUAUUUUGUUAUUGA